UUUUUCUUGGUGAGAUGGUUGCGCCGUCAAAGGUGCUGUGAAAAACGAGGCAGUGCUUUCAGGCGGUUUCCCAACCACGAAGAGCUCCUCAUUUGUGAAGAUGACUACAGUACUAGUACCUCCUCGACCGAAAAUAACCAACAACCCGACCGCCGUCAAGCUGGCACCAUGUAUGGAAUAACUAACGACAACAAUGAUGGGUUUGUCAACACACCCACUCCGGUUAGUGAUGAAAGCAGUAGCGAAGAUGAGACCCUGCUGAUGGAAGAAGGGGAGCAGGGGCUUCACGCUCGCCGUCGUGUCACCUUCAGCCAGAAUCUGACCCACGUUCAUGAAAUCCCAGCAAGGAACUCUUUCUCGCUGGAAGAGAAACGUGCAAUCUGGUUGAGCAGAGAGGAGAAAGACGAGUUUCGGCGUGAUGCCUAUGCCAUUGUUGAAGUUCAGAGUCGCGAGGGUGGCUCUGUCACUGACGAAACUAUGCGAGGUUUAGAGUGUCGGACACACCAAGGCUUUGAACUGGCCAAGAACAAUCGAGCACGGGCAUCGUUCUGUGUUAUCGAUGAACAGGAUCGUCAGGAUGAAGCAAACAUUAGUUGUGACCCAAACCUCAUUGCAGAGGUAUGCAAAGGCGCUACACUGCACUGUCGUUGUGUGGCGUACGCUCAGGGGCUUCUGGAUGCUCAAGCUGCCUUAGCAGAACGGGGGGCAUUAUCAUUCAACCAAGCAUUGGCUCGUAGCAUACAACAUCAUCUACUCAUCCCAGAAUCCAUGUGCAUGAGUAGUACCGGUAGUAGUCAUGGAUCAAGCCUUCAAGGGAAACGCCAGGAAGCGGACGACAUGGACUGGGAUGCAGUGGUUGAUGCAUAGCACAACCAAUUUAUUCAAUGUGUCAGCAGUGCGUUUCAUGUAUGAUUCUCAUCUCAUCAGCUGAGCCACGAGGCUGUGCCGAUAUAUGUUCAAUUGGGGCGGUAUUAAUAAAGAAUACAUUACAUUCAUACAUGUUAGUUCCACAGGAAGAUAGAA